AUGCUCUCUUGGGGCCCCCCCUUGGGGCCCCCCGAGGCCGUGUUCUCUGCUCUGGUCUUGCGGAUGGUCAGAGCAGCAACAAGUAAAGAAGGGGCCCCGAUCCUUGGGUUUGCAGCUGCACCUCAUCGCUACACCGCCUCCCCCUUUACCCUGAAGGGGGUGACCCGUGUUGAAACAACUGCUGCAGAUGCUGCUACAGACCCCGCUGCUGUUGCUGCAGCUCCAGACCUUGCUGCUGACUCUGCAUCAGCUGCUGCUUCUGCCAGUGAAGAGAAGUUAUCUGGUCUCCCAAUUACGAGUCUUCGCACAGCGUGCCGAAAGCUGCAACUGUCUAGCAAGGGAAAGCGCGAGGAGUUGAUGCAGCGGCUGCACGCAGCGGCUUCAUCAGAAAGAAUUUUGGCGCUUGCUGAGGAGCCAGGGGCCCCCCUACAACUGCAGCAAACUCAAGAAGCAUCGACAGCAGGGGCCCCUGAUACGCCUUCUGAUACAAAUGCACGAGCCGCACCAACACGGUGCCCUAAGUGCAAUCGUCGACUGUCUGCCAAAGCGCGUUUCUGCUCCGACUGUGGAGCUACGAUCAGCACUGUUGGCCAGGAGACGCUGAGGGAGUUUGUUGAGCGGGCUUUCUGGCCCGUCAGAGAACAAGAAGUAGGGAGCAACACAAUGAGAGUUGAACGCGGAUUCUGGCAGUCUAUUCUGCAGGUCAUCGGAGAUGUCCCCGUUGCAAAUCUUUCUUCUGCUAUUUGGGAGAAGUAUUUGGGGUGGGAAGAAGAAGGCAAACCAACGAGCGGGUUGUGCUUCUAUGCGGAGGGAAUACGCACGGCUAGCAACAGAGCGAAGCUGGAAAAGAAGACGCCAAUCCGUAGAGUCCUCCUUUAUGGUUUGAUUAGAUGGUCAGGCAUUGAUGAAUUGCGCUGUGGAGAGCCCCGUCGGAUUUUCCCGUACAUACUCAGGCAUUCGUUCGCGACAAUUGCAGCCACUUCAAACCCCCCGGUGCCACUACCAGUUGCACAGGCUGUAAUGCGGCAUAACAGGCAACAGGAGUAG